AAAUUGUCAUUCAAAUCAAUUUCAAAUUGAUUUGAAAUCAAUUUCUAAUUGAAAACUGAUGUUUUAAUAUAGUAUAGAUUUGUUCUAAUUUUUUUUUGUAAUACAUCUUGAGGUUGACGAUAUGAUGUAGAUUUUAGUUUAGUGGGCCAAUAACAAAGCAGUCCAGUAGUCGUCGAAGUAUAAUCUGCGCUUAUAAGCCUCUGUGUGUCUUAAGCCUUAACUUCGCCUCCACCAAACUAGGGUUCUCUAUAUCAUCGGCGCCUCUUCUCCACAACUCUAGAUUUUCAGAGAGAAGACAGAAGAGAUGGGUCACUCUAACAUAUGGAACUCGCAUCCCAAGAACUACGGCCCUGGCUCACGCACUUGCCGGGUUUGCGGAAACCCGCAUGGAAUUAUUCGCAAGUAUGGUCUCAUGUGUUGCAGGCAGUGCUUCCGCAGCAACGCCAAGGAGAUUGGCUUCAUCAAGUACCGUUGAUGGUGCAUGGAUGUUGAGGGCUUGAAGAAAAAUUGGAGGUUUUAGGAACUUGUUUGUUUAAGAUAAGCAUGGAUUCUUCAAUUUUUGGUUUUUGCUAGUUGAAUUCUUCCAGACAAAUUAUGUUUCUAUGUCAACUGUAACUUGUCACUUUUUUUAUAGUACUUGCAGUCUUUAUAUUUA